GGAAGAGGAGUCGCUCCGCAGUGUCUCACAUGACUGUUGUCUCGUGACUGGAUCAGGAGCAGAAACACAAUUUUCGGGAGUUCUUGACCGAGUUGCCUCAAGUCAAUGCUGCUGAGAUCUAAUACGAAGGGACCCAGGACGCACCCCAGCUUCGUGGCUCCGUUUUAGAAGCACGACGUCGGACGGGACGGACGGUCAUGGACAGCAAACCUCUCCUGCAGGGCAGACCGCCCGCCUACAACGCCGUCCCGGCGGCGUAUGAAUACGGACCACAGCACAACUACGGGGCGAUUCCUCCAGCGGGCCCCCCACCCACGGCGCCAGGGGCUCCGGCCCUCCAGCAGCAGCAGCCGCCGCCGCCUCCCUACCCUUAUCCGGGGGAUCCAGGGUAUACACAGGCCUGCCCCUCAGUACCCGCUGUUGCCCAGCAGCCAAACUAUGCGAGCACGUACACCAUCAUCCAGCCGUCUGUGGUGGUGGUAGGAGGCUGCCCAGCCUGUAGGGUUGGGGUGCUGGAGGAUGACUUCACCUGCCUGGGAAUCCUUUGUGCCAUUGUCUUCUUCCCAAUCGGGAUCCUCUUCUGCCUAGCUCUGCGUCAAAGGCGCUGCCCUAACUGUGGAGCCACAUUUGGGUAGAGGGGUCAAACAGCCUCUGGAAAGGCCCACCUCUGUUUCUACUUCACUGUUAUUUUGUCUCUUCUUUUUACAAAAUCACUCAGUACACAGAUAAUGCCAUGCAUUUCCUACAUAUGGCUUAAGAUUGAAGUGUACUGUGGCAAACAAUGAAAAUGAUGCAUGUGAAAAUCUCAUUCCCCUCCCCUUUCACAUGCAUGGAUUGAAGGUAAUAUCUUUUAUUGAUCUCUUAGCUAGUUAAUGGUGCCUUUGGAAAAAAAAAUUGAGGGGUGUGUGAAAUACAGCACUUCUAGAAAGUAAUGCAAGUGAUAGGAAUUUAAAGAUCCAGAAUUUCAGAAUGAAUGUGCAGUUGAUAAUCUUGAGUGCCAAUGAACUGCUGAUUCAUUCAGGAACUGUAACCAGGAACAUAGUGAUCUUUUU